AUGCAUGCGGAGAUAACCAGCUUUGGCACUCCUCCCUGCAGGUCUGUUUGUCUGUCGUUGAAGCAGGAAGGCGGAAGACAGUGCAAGGACGACGGGACAGCCACUGACGUCUUUGAAGAGCAGUCUGGAUGUUCCUUCGCUCGACAGACGCCAUGCCCGAGGAUCUGGCCUUAUCCAGAACUCACGCUCCUCUCGCGACCAGUUGCCGAUUCCCGUGAUUGGGCUAUGAGACAGUUGUGGUACCAUCUACCCAGUGACAGCAGCACCGCAUGGCAAUACUGCACUGUACACCUCCCACAGGAAAGCCCCUCUAAUGUUGCCGCCUUUUGGGGGGAUGGCUUGUGCAUUACGGGCUCUUCGAGUCGUUAG